AAUUGAUCGAUCUAGAAUGUCGCUGCCUCUUCUCUCGGUCCCCUCCCCCUCUGCUCUCCGUCACCGUAACGACAAUCCAUCAUGGGCGACUCCAUCUAUGCCAAUUACCCCCCUCCCUUGAACUCCGCGCAGAGGGAGUUCUUGGUGACCACCAUCAAGGACUGGACCACCCAGAAUGGCCUCAUGGUUCGCCCUGCGCCGACCUUGGUGCCGCGAGAAAUCAAUCCCCAUGGCGUUCUGGCGACCAAUGCCCCCGUCACUCUGUUCCCCAGCCCCUUCCCGAGAGCGUGCUUCGAUGAGGCCAGGGCCCUGCAGACCGUCUACAAUCACCUCUACGCGAUGAUAACGUGCAACGAGGAGUGGCUGGGCAAGAUCAUGGAAGAUCUUAUUGAUGUGGACGAUUUCGUCUCGCAUUUGUGGAAGACGCAUCUGGCAGUCAAGAAGGAGGGGUACGUGCAAACGCUGUCGCUCGGUCUUUUCCGUUCGGAUUACAUGGCGCAUACCCCGUCCAGCUCGGAUAAACCCUCCUUGAAGCAGGUCGAGUUCAACACCAUCUCGGCCUCCUUUGGCGGGUUAUCGUCUCUCGUGACGUCGCUGCACACCGAGCUGCUGGAUUCCCCGCCGGGCUACCCAAUCGCAUACCCGGCUCACAAUCUAUUCAAGUCCAACAAACCCCCCGAGAACACGGCGGUGGAGACGUUAUCGGCGGGAUUGGCAGCUGCACAUGCCGCCUACGGGGCGUCCAACUCCAGGCCGGCAAUCCCGACAUGCAUUCUGUUCGUGGUCCAGGAGGGCGAGAGGAAUACCUUUGAUCAAUUGGCACUUCUGAGACGCCUUACCAAAUACCACAAAAUCCCCGUGUUCCGGAUCCUGAGCUCUGAGGUCUUGGAUCACACGACCAUCCCUAGCUCCAACCCCUCGCGACCCCUGAUCUAUCGCCCCCCUCACGCUUCGAGCCAAUUCGAAGUAACCACAGUAUAUCUUCGGUGCUUUUACGCUCCAACUGAUUACACCAGCGAGCGAGAUUGGGACGCUCGCCUUCACCUGGAGCGGUCUGCUGCAAUCAAGUGUCCCACCGUCUUGAACCAGUUGUCCGGCUGUAAAAUUGUUCAGCAGGUGCUCGCGGAGAGCACCGGGCCCGACCACCUGGCAAGCUUCCUCGCCGAAGUGGACCAGUCGGUCAUCGCAAGACUGCGGGCGACCUUUGCCCCUCAGUAUGAUCUUUCUUCUACGGGUCGUGGUCGAGACCUUGCCCUCAACCCGGCAGCGGCCGCGAACCACGUUCUCAAGCCGCAGCGCGAAGGCGGCGGCAACAAUGUCUACAAGACUGCCAUUCCCGAAUUUCUGCGUUCAAUCCCCGAGACUGACUGGAAGCGCUGGAUUCUAAUGGAGCUGAUCCACCCACCCGCCGAGGCCAAGAAUGUGGCAUUGAGAAGCGACGGAGAGGUGAUCCGUGGUGACGUCAUCGGGGAGCUGGGCGUGUAUGGAACCAUCCUGUGGGAUCAAGCCCGGGGCACCGUCCUGCACAACGAGCAAGGUGGGUGGCUCAUGCGAACCAAGGCGAAGGAUGUCAACGAGGGAGGGGUUGCCACGGGGUUCUCCAGCUUAGAUAGUAUCCUGCUUUUCUAGAUUACCACCACAGUAGAAUGAUUUUAUAGUCUUAGUAUGCGAGCCUACGAGUGAAAAACGGGACACGGAUGAUGGAUCUUAAUCUGAAUCAAAU